AUGACAUGCACAUCCGAAUGCAAACUCCUAGCGAAAAUAUGGUGCUCAGCAACACCAAAAACACCUCUCCUCAAAGAACUUCAUACUGCAUGUCUAACCUACCUCGAAUCAACGAGACUAUAUCGAGAACCCAAAGUCUGGCCAAUACCCCAUCCAACCACAAACAUCCAGCAACUACCAAGCGAGAUACAAAGCCUGAUCAUAGAAAACCUGACACCAGUGGAUCAAGGCAGACUACGAAUCACCAACCAUUUUUACCACGCCACGAUCCCACGUCCCACAGUAACUCAUCAAGAUCUCCUUACUGCCGAACAGCAAGACUAUGAGAAGAAAAAUCGCUUAUUAGCAUGCGGGAUAUGCUGUCGGCUGCGACAUAUUACCAAUUUUGGAAAUGUGCAAAUAACAGGAAGAAGAGGUCGGAAAGGACCACAGAGCCACAAACGUUUCUGUUUAGAUUGUGGAGUUAAAAAGUUGUUUUAUCGUCCUAAUGGGAGGGCUCUGGCAGAGGAAGAAUCACAAGAGAAGCUUAAGGAGAUGGUAAAAUGGUUGUACUGA